AUGAAAGGGAAGCUGCACAGCGAAUUGAAACGAUCGCAAUCAGUGCAGCGAACUACAACUUGGCUUGGGAUACUUUGGCUCUUUUCAUCGACACUGCACGCCUUGGUGGACGAGUUCGAACGCCACACGAAGACCUUGAGGCAGAUGGGUGAACCUACAGGACAGUGGAGCAGCAUUCUUGAGCAUCUACUCUGUACUCGGCUACAUGACGAAACUCUCAAGGCGUGGGAGGUGCACGCAUCGACCGUGGAGAAUCCGGACUAUCCGUGCCUCAUCGAAUUUCUGCAGCGACGAGUACGUGUGCUGGAAUCCAUUUCAGUCAACAACCAUGCUCCUCCAUCCGUUCCAAGUUCGUCGCAUCAUGGGGCAACACGGCAGCAGCAGUUUCGGCUUACUUCGUGUGCUUCUACUACCAAAGCGGGACUCAAAUGUCCAGUAUGCUCGCAAGAGCAUAACAUCAACAGGUGCCAAAUGUUCCUUGGCCUAUCGGUGGCACAACGUCAGCAACUUGCUAUGAAGAAGCGACUAUGCCACAACUGUUUGAAAGGAGAACACAUAGCGAAGAAUUGUUCCUCCGACUUCAACUGCAAACAUUGCAAUCUUGCAUGCCGGUACUAG